AUGCGUGCUAGCAGGUUGCAUGCACAUUCUCCUGAGCCAACUGCCAAAACUACCACCGCCGCCUCUGCCUCUGCCUCCGCCUCCGCCUCCGGCGCCACCUUAGCUACUCCAUCAUCAGCUUCUCCAGUUCAAGAAUCUCCUUUCUCUAAUUUCCUUAGCAACCUAUCCCCUAUAGGGCCUGUCAAAGCACCCCAUGUAUUACAAGGGUUCUUGGGACUUAAUUCUCCUCCACUUGUAUUCACUUCUCCACGCAUAAAUGCACUCCGAGAAACAAGUUUCUUUAAAAGGUCUCCGUGUCCUCAGUUGCCCAGUGCAGAAGUGCCCCAACAUGAUGAUGGAGCCAGAAAGUCUGCUGAUGGUCCUGGUGAUCUGGAGAAAUCAGAUUUGUUAUUGCAUGGUGGGUUGACUGCCGUCACUCAUAAAGACAGUGAUAUAAAGUACUCAGUGCAAGUACAACCCAGCAGCCCCGCAGGGUGUGUGGAUGAAUACUUGGCUGAUCAUGUGGAGGUUGAUGGUGCAAACUCUACUUCUGUAGCUCAAAAUUCGAAACAGUCUUCCAAUGUGGUUCAGUUGUCACAAAGUGGUACAAGCGACUCAAAGAAGACCAUGUUAAAAUUUGAUGACCAAACUUAUAUGAAGACGAAAGUGGUUGUACCUGAGGCUAUGCCUGGGGAAACUGAACAAAACAUUCAAGGAAAAACCACAUUUGAUUGUGAGCCAAACAAGAUUAAAGAUGAGAAAACAUGUGGAGAAUGGACAUCUAAUGAAGGCUCAAAUAUUGAGUCUAACUUGUCUUUGGACCAUGCUUCCAGUAAGCAACAAUACGAAGGCUCAAAUGCUCAGAAUGACGCGAGUGCCCAUGGGGAUGAAUCUAAUUGGCCCCCUCAAUUGCUGCCUGGACAAUUGCAGAUUGUUCAGACAUAUGAGCAUUCUGAAGAAAAUGCCGGAGCAAUCCCGCGUGCACUCGUUGAUAGUACAACAAAUAAUCCUGAGGAAUAG